AUGGAUAUGAGGCAGAGGAGGUGUCUAGAGUUUAUGAAGGACUAUAAAUUCGAGUUGAGUUACCAUCCUAGUAAAGCUAAUAUGGUAACAAACACUUUAAGUAGAAAGUCCUUGCAUAUAUCGAUGCUGAUGGUUAGAAAGUUGGAUUUGGUCGAGCAAAUUAUAGAUUAUAGCUUGGUGUGUAUUGUGACACCAAGAAGUGUGAUGUUGGGUAUGCUGAAGUUAACUAGUAGUAUUCUUGAAGAAAUCAGGGAAGAGCUUAAGAUGAUAAUUCUUGAAGAAGGUCACAUUAGUAGUUUGAGUAUUCAUCCCAUAGCUACUAAAAAGUACCAAGAUCUUAAGAAGAUGUUUAGAUGGCAAGGUAUGAAGAAGGAUGUAGCCGAUAUUGUAAUGGAAUGUUUUGAAGCUUUGUAUGAUAGAAGGUGUGUGACACUUUUGUAUUGGUAUGAAUCAGGAGAAAGUGUUGUGCUUGGGCCUGAGAUUAUUUAG